AUGGAUGAAAUAUGGAAGAAAAUUGAGUCAAUAGAAGAAAAAGUCAACCAACGAUUUGAAGAAAUUGAUAAUGAUCUCAAGUGUUGGAAAGAAAAAAUUCGUGGAAAUGAAUGUCAUUAUGAUGAACGUUUCUUAAAACUUUGCCAUGCUGUAGACUAUCUUCUUGAACGUACUGAUCAUGAUUAUGAUACAUUAGCGUGUCGCGAGAUGAUUAUGUCUUUACUCGGUCAAAGGUCAGCACGUCCAUUCUCUGGACGUACGAUUCGUAAUCGACAAUUAUGUCGACAUAUGAAAAGAUGGUGUUUAUUUGUUGCUCUUGUUCUUUUUAUUGUGGCAUGCAUGUCACUUUAUGGAUUACAUCGUAAUUGGUGUUAUCUUUUAGUAGUGUUAUGUCUGUCGGGAUCACUACUUUCGUCGAUUGGUCUCCGUCGAAUUUACAAAAUUAUUGAAGCGAUCUGGUGA